AUGAAAUUGUGGUAUCACUGCGCCUCAUGGCCCGAGGUGAAGGAAGCGUUCCAACCUCGAGUCCAAAGUUUUCUGGUGACGAAGUCGGUGAUUUUGAGACUACUGGGGCUGAUCUAUGCCGUUGCCUUCAAGGUGGCGUAUGACCAGAACUUGGCCCUCUUGGGCUCUGCCGGGCUCACUCCCGUGGCUGAAAGGUUCGAGCUGCGGAAGCAACAGAUGGGUUCUUCCAGAGCUGUAGAGGGAUUUAUAGCAGCUCCCAGCAUUUUCUGGUUUGUUUCUUUGAACGAUGACUCAAUGCAGUUGGUGGCAGUUGUAGGCAUGGCUCUAAGCCUGGCUUUGAUUUGCGGCUUCUUCUCAUCGUUGCUGUGUGCAGCCCUGUGGUUGCUGUACUUCUCCAUUGUGACCUCUGGUGAAGGGACGGCCUGGUACGCGUAUGGUUGGGAGAGUCAGCUCCUCGAGACAGGCUUUCUGGCCAUCUUCCUAUCUUCACCAGUACACCUUUCAACGCCGCCAUCGCUGCCCGUCUUGUGGCUCUUUCGAUGGCUGUGCUUCAGGAUUUCGACUGGUGCUGGCCUUAUCAAGGUGAGAGGUUCCAGUUGUUGGACGGAUCGCACCUGCCUGUGGUACCAUUUCGAAACACAACCGAACCCAUCACCCUUGUCCUUCUUGUGGCACUUCUUGCCUCGACACAUGCUGUCUCGUGGGGUGGACCUGGACAUCUUCGUUCAACUCUACGCAGUUUGGUUGGUCUUGAUCCCUGGCUUCGGACCUUUGAAAUAUCUCAGACGCUUAGGAGGCCUAAUACAAGCGCUCUUUAUGUUCAACAUCGCCAUUUCGGGCAACCUAUCCUUCCUAAAUCACAUGACGAUCAUCCCGGCCCUGGCGUGUCUGGAUGACGCAUGUUGGACGCCGUGGCGGUCAAGAGUUGCACCGAAGCCUGGUGCGGACGAGCAGAGGAAAGCCCCGACGGGUGCCAUGCUGGCCAAGGGAACGCGUUGGAUCGUGGACUUGGCCUUGGUUGGGACCAUUGCCUAUUUGUCCAUGCCAGUGGUGAAGAAUCUUCUUCAACUGGAAGGACGGCAGAUGAUGAACGCAUCCUUUGGAGCGUUCCGACUCGUCAACACCUAUGGCGCAUUUGGGAAUGUGGGCAAGGAGCGCUACGAAGCCAUCGUCUCGGUGUCGCACGACAAGCGCCGGUGGCACGAGUUGGAAUUUCCCUGCAAACCUGGGAGUUUGGACCGCAGGCCAUGUAUGUGUGCUCCAUAUCACUAUCGCCUGGAUUGGAACAUUUGGUUUUUGGGAUUCAAGCCGCAUCAAGCCUAUUUGCAGCAGAGAGAGACUUGGAUGUGGUCCUUCUUGGCAAAGAUCCUUGAAGGAGAUGAGUUGGUGCUACAACUCCUUGCACCAGAGGUAGCCACCAGCAAGGCGUUCUAUCCUGAGGGGCCUGAAGGUGAACGGACGAUUCCAAAGUUCAUCAAAGUCGAUAUGUGGAGAUAUCGCAUGAAAGCGCCACUGUGGGAAAUUCUACGGGAUUUGUACCACAACGGCACAGCGCAGUGGUGGGAGCGCCAGAAGGGGGACGCGUUGAUCCCGCCAUUGGAAAGGAACUACACCGUGCUGGUGAAUAUGCUGAAACAUACGUCCAUGAAAUGAGCAGCCGGAAGGUGGUCCUUGUGAAGCGCAGAGAUGGCGCUGGCGGUCAGAAGUUUUGGGGAAUGUACAUAGCAAAGACUAUGGCAAGCAGUGGGCCAUAGUGGACCCUUCCGAGGUGUGUUUUUCUUUUUUUGCAAAGUCGGUAGUAAAAUGUUGGAACUACGGUGAAACCAGGUCAACCUUCAUUCUGCUCAUUGUAGGAAUUCCCAUGUAGCGACACCGCGAAAUGGCCCAUGUCUGAAGUCUGAAGGGGAAUUCCGAAGCAGAAUGACAA